AUGCCGCAAGUUGCUAAAGCGUGCAUGAUGCCAAACAUCACAUCCCGGAGUGGAGCUCUAGAACCUGUUGGACCCUCUGUAUUCGCGAGGGUUCAGGAGAGUAAAGGAGCAAGUGGCCCAAUCCAUGCGAUCGAGAUACUAGCAAAGUCCCUAGGAGCUCCUAAUAUAAGUACUUCUGGUGACGGAGAUCCAGAGCUGAGGAGUGCUUGCACUCUAUUAAUUGCCUUGGAGACGGAGAAGGACUCUAGUCGUAUGAUCAUAGAUGCAAAGAUCGAGACGCUAUACCCGCUAUACCAACAUUCAGGAGACCAUGUUCUUGAUAUUCGAAUGCUCGCUACUCUUCUCGGAUAUGUCCAGAAGUAUUGUAUGGGCCGUGAUAUCAAGCAUCUCAGCAUCAUCACUAUGCCGGAGCAUCCAGCCUGGCUUACAACUUUCUUUACUUUGGCUGGCUUUAGUCCCUGCGAAUGUCUGAAGUCUGAUGAUUUGGAAAAGGGACGGAGGGUUUGCCUCAAGCUUGAUAAGUCUAUUCAAGAGCCGGCAAAGGCUGUUGAGGGUGCCUCCAAGCCCAAUACCAACGGCACCAAACAGAAUCAUACAUCUGCGCCAAAGCCAGCAAAUAAGCUACCAAGUCUAACAAUCAAAGGUACCGCCCCUGCGAAGGAUCUGGACGAAGAUGAAGCCGCGAAGUGGCUUUCUCAAAAUCAGCAAAUCCUGAGUCCUGCUAGUGCUUUAGCACAUCCGGUUCUACCAAAACCCGAGGUGGUGCAGACUCCUACCAAAUCAGUUAAACAAAGCCCAAAGAUUGGUAGUGGCGUAGCCAGUGAGCUUCCUCAUACAGGAGAAAAACGAAAGCGUUCAGAGACGUUCCCGCGAGACCAUGUUGCUGAGGCUGCUGGUCGGAGUGUCCGCCCUCGCGAGGAGAACGGAAUGCGCGAGCCUACUAAGCAAGAGAUGCGAGAAGAAGAGGAGCGGUUAAAUCUGAGAUUACAGAAGCAGCGCGAAGCACUACAGCGUGCUACUGAUAAAGCUUCGGGUAAGAUGGCCGGUAGUAUGCCUCCUGCCUCAAAGCUUAACCCGCAGAUCGAGGAUCGAUCACGAAAGUCUGGUGACAUGACGGACGCUCUACUGGCCCAGUAUUCCAAACAAUCACCUGCCACAUCCUCAGUAAGCGUGAAAAAGGAAGCACCAAAGCAGGCUAGCCCACCUAAUCCACAUCUCACUCCUGCUGUUAGAGGUGGCUCUCCUGAUCCGAGUUUUUGGCGAUCAAACACGCUGCCCGCCAAGAGUCUCACGUGCUUCUACUGGGCUACCCAAGGAUAUUGUCUGAAAGACGAGCGCGAUUGUCUUCACGCACAUCAUCAUACGGGCGAAGUGGCCAGACCACCCCCAAGUUACAAGUACAAGGCUUACAAGAAUGGGUUUUACGCUCCGCCCAUGGGUUUUGAUGGCGCAGACGAUGAGUAUGACCCUCAUCACCCCGGGCAGGGUUACAAGGGCAAGCAUGGGCGACCUCCUGGGGACGUGGAACAUGGUCAAGAUCAGGGUAUGUCUAUUAGAGGGUUGGACAACGGGACGAAGAUUGUGAAGGAAGAGAAGGGUGCGCCUACACAACCUAAGGUCUACCAGGAUAUGAAGUUGCGACCUGGAGACAACCCUUAUGAUAGCUACCGACCUCGACACUAA